AGACAGCCGCCCUCCUGCGGACACCCUGCGGGGGAAACUGGGCGUGCGCAGCGGUCUCUGGGCUCCAUUGCCCCGGGUACGGCGGUUGGAGAGGAGCCCUGGGGAGGCUACGGGGCGUUCCCCCGAGAUGUGACCCAGCUGACAGCCCAUGCACACUCCUGAGACCCCGGCGCCCGGCCGCCUGGCCCCGCGGCCGCCGCUGCUGCCCACGCUGCUUCUGCUGCUGGCGGCUUCGGGACGCGCAGUUCCUUACGCCUUCUGUGGUCUGCCUAAGCCUACAAAUAUCACCUUCUUAUCUAUCAACAUGAAGAACGUCCUGCACUGGAGCCCUCCAGAGGGUCUACACGGAGUCGAAGUCACGUACACUGUACAAUAUUUCAUAUAUGGGCAGAGGAAAUGGCUGAGUGCCUCUAAAUGCACAAAUAUCAGCAGGACCUACUGUGAUCUUUCUGUUGAGACCUCGGACUAUGCGCGUCAGUUCUAUGCCAAGGUGAAGGCCAUUUGGGAGACCAGGUGCUCUGAAUGGGCCGAGACGGAACGCUUCUAUCCUUUCUUGGAAACACAAGUCAGCCCACCAGAGGUUGCCCUGACGACUGGCGAGAAGUCCAUCUCUAUUGCCCUGACAGCACCAGAGAAGUGGAAAAGGAAUCCACAAGACAGCCCUGUUUCUAUGCAACAAGUGUACCCCAGCCUGAAGUACAACGUGUCUGUGUAUGACACUAAGUCAGGAAGAACGUGGUCCCAGUGUAUCACCAACAGCACACUGGUGCUCAGCUGGCUGGAACCCAGCACUCUGUACUGUGUCCAUGUGGAAUCCCUUGUCCCAGGGCCCACUCGCCUCCCUCUGCCUUGGAAGCAAUGCAUCAGCACUUUGGAAGUUCAAACAUCAACAUGGAAGGUUAAAGUCAUCUUCUGGUAUAUCUUGCCCACGUCUGUCAUUGUGUUUCUUUUCUCUGCAAUUGGUUACUCAGCCUACCGUUACAUCCAUGUUGGCAAAGAAAAACACCCAGCAAAUUUGGUACUGAUUUAUAGAAAUGAAAUUGGCAAAAGAGUCUUCGACCCUACUGAGACACUUCAUUCUAUCACCCUCAGUACGUUGGAUGAUUCUAAAAUUUCUCAAACGGAUAUGAAUUUACUGGCCGAAAGCAGUGAUGAGGUCAGCGUAAUCAACCCUGAGUUCAGUGGGAGCUGGGAGCCAAACUGGGAGGACGCGGAGGGGCAACAUUUAGGAUACUCUUCACAUUUGGUGGACAUUGUCUGUGGUGUCGAGCCAAGCGACAGAGACACCUCCCUAACCCGGCACGCCUGGUUCAACAGCCUCAUGCCCACAGGAGAAGCAGACCUUGAGCCUCAAUACAAAGUCCUAACUGACUUCUACAAGGAGGGUGGAGACCAGCAGUUCUGUGGUCCGGAAGAGGCAGCCAGAACAGAGAAAUUAGCUGAGCCACAGACGUCUUUAGCAAACUUGGACCCACAGCUCGAAGACCUACAACACCUGGGGCAGGAGCAUCCUGGCUCAGAAGAUAGACCAGAGGAAGAGGCAUCUACAACGCUAGUGGACUGGGACCCUCGGACUGGCAGGCUGUGUAUCCCUUCCUUACCUAUCUUUGGCCAUGAUCUGGAGAACUAUGGGCGUUACGAGAGAGACCAGCUCUCAGAGGAUGGCCUUUUGUCUAGACUCUAUGAGAACCAGGCACCUGACAAGUCAGAGGAAGAAAAUGAAAACUAUCUCAUGCAAUUUAUGGAGGAAUGGGGGCUACACGUACAAAUGGAAAGCUAAUGCCAGGUUUUCUGUGGACUAUCAACAAAUGAAGCAGCCAUUCCAGGGAGUGAGCAACGUUCAGAUUUUCCAGUGUCCCUGAUAACACUGCUCUCUCUGUUCAUGCACUUGGCCAGCCCUGCCUUCUCCAGGUGGUCAGCACAGAGUCCUGAAGUGUAAGAACUUUCUGGAAUACAGAGCUCUGAGCUUUGUCGUAGACAGAGUAAGCAUUUUCAGGUUGGGUGGGGGCUUUACAGAAGAACUCACCAUGGUCCCUGUUUAUUGUUUCCUAACAAGUAUGCCUGUACAGUUAU